CAGGAGUCACGCCGCUGCACAGGGUUCAUUGCAUCAUGCACUGUGUAUUGUGCUUGUCCUUCAUCCUGUUGGUUUAUACAUCCUGUAGUGUCCAAGCAGUGGUGCGGCAAAGAAGUCAAGCUGACAUAUUAAAUGACAUCAAUGAAAAAGUUAAUGAUUUGUGGAAUGUAUAUGGUAGCAAAUAUCCCUUACUAAAUAAUGCUGACAGGAUGCUAUAUGCUAUUUGUAAUCUGCAACCUAAUCCUAAACUGAAUGUGACUGAACCUAAAAUCACUGGACAAAUCCUGUUUAAGCAAGCCUAUCCACAAGGGAAACUGGAGGCACACUUUGCUGUACAAGGAUUUCCUUUGAAUCCAAUUGGAUCUGCAAGAGCCAUUCACAUCCACACAUUUGGUGACCUCAGUAAUGGAUGCGACUCUGCUGGCGGACACUACAAUCCAUAUUCUGUAAACCACCCUCAUCAUCUUGGAGACUUUGGCAAUUUCCAUGUUCAGAAUGGAGAGAUCCAACAACACCUCUCUAAUCUUGAAGCUAGCCUUUUUGGCCCAGUCUCUGUUAUGGGUAGAUCCGUUGUACUCCACAAGUUUCUUGAUGACCUCGGCAAAGGCAAUAACCAGGCCAGUCUGGAAAAUGGAAAUGCCGGACCACGUCUAGCUUGUUGUGUGAUUGGGUUCACGAAUAAGGCUGCCUGGGACAAAUGCAUGCAAGGGUCUGAUAAUAAAUAGUGAAUCCUU